CGGCGUGCAGUAAGUACAGAGACUUGUGCACAGCCCGGUCUCUUCGCUAUGACUCUCAAGUAUGAGGACCCUCCCAAGAUUUGCUGCCUGGGCGCGGGGUACGUGGGCGGUCCGACCAUGACGGUGAUGGCCAAGAAGUGCCCCGAGAUCAAGGUGACCGUCUGCGAUCUCAACGAGCGGCGGAUCGCCGCCUGGAACUCUUCGGCGCUGCCGAUCUAUGAGCCGGGGCUGCAGGAGGUUGUGGAGGAGGCGCGCGGGCGCAACCUCUUCUUCUCCACCGACAUUGAGAGCGCCAUCCGCGAGUGCACCAUCAUCUUCGUCUCCGUGCCCACGCCCACCAAAAAGUCCGGCAUCGGCGCGGGAGAGGCGGCAGACCUCACCUACUGGGAGCUCGCGGCGCGCCAAAUCGCGGCGGUGUGCAACGCCUCGGAAAACAAGAUGCCGAAGAUAAUCGUCGAAAAGUCGACGGUGCCCGUCAAGACGGCGGACGCGAUGGCGGCCGUCAUGGCGGCCGCGUGCAAGGGUACCGACUUCCAAGUGCUGUCCAACCCGGAGUUCCUUGCCGAGGGCACCGCCAUCGACGACCUCUUCAAGCCGGACCGCGUGCUGGUCGGCGGGCCGCAGACGCCGCAGGGGCUCGCCGCCAUCGAGUGCCUCGCAAAUGUGUACCGCAAAUGGGUGCCGACGGAGCGCGUGCUCACUACCAACCUCUGGUCGGCGGAGCUGUCCAAGCUGACAGCGAACGCCUUCCUCGCCCAGCGCAUCUCGUCUAUCAACUCCAUCUCCGCGCUGUGCGAGGUGACGGGCGCCGACGUGUCGGAGGUCGGGCACGCGAUCGGGGUCGACAGCCGCAUCGGCCCAAAGUUCUUCAAGGCCUCUGUCGGCUUCGGAGGCUCGUGCUUCCAGAAGGACAUCCUCAACCUCGUCUACCUAUGCCGCUCCUUCGGGCUGCCGGAGGUGGCCGAGUACUGGCACCAGGUCAUCGUCAUGAACGACUGGCAGAAGCGGCGCUUCGCGAACGCGAUGGUUGCGACCAUGUUCAACACCGUCUCUGGCAAGCGGAUCGCCAUCCUCGGCUUCGCCUUCAAGAAGGACACCGGCGACACGCGCGAGUCGCCCGCGAUCGACGUCUGCAAGGCCCUCUCCGAGGAGCGCGCCAAGCUCGCCAUCUACGACCCGAAGGUGAGCCGGGAGCAGUACUAUGAGGACCUCGGCAAGGAGGCGAUGGAGAAGAUCGAGAUCGACGAAGACCCGUACGUCGCGUGCGCGGGCGCGCACGCCAUUGCCGUCAUUACCGAGUGGGACGUGUUCAAGACGCUCGACUACCAAAAGAUCUUCAACUCGAUGUCAAAGCCCGCCUUCAUCUUCGACGGCCGCAACAUCCUCGACCACAGGAAACUCUCCGAGAUCGGCUUCACCGUGUGGGCCGUCGGAAAGUGCAUGAAGAAGGUGCUCGAUACGGAAGGCAGCCCUUCGCCGUAACUCGGAGAGGUGCUUUGCGCCAGGACGCAGCAACGUGAGUCCGCAGCCUUCCCCCUCUCUCCUCUUGUGUCAGUGUGGGGUGUGUACAGAGAGAGAGAUGAGUGAUUCGUGACUCGGCAGUGCCACAGAGCACGGUGCACGGUGACCGGGAUCCGCGCAUCCGGGUUGACGUGCGGAACGGUGUAUGUGCUCGCGCGCUCGACCGUGUGGCACACACCGCGCACGGGUUGCUCUCGGCAAGCGUGCGGUACGUAAUUAAACGCGGUCACUUCGCC